AUCAUUCAUUGCCAGUUCAGUCAAACAUUUUGGUAUAUGUGUUGGAACUCAGCGGCUGCGUGCCCCCUCAAUGGAUUAGCUGUUUUACAUUGAGAUCAUUUUUUGGACAUGUAAUGAAUAUAUGGCAUACUUUAACCUUUCAUCAGUCAAUGUGUUUUUCCUCUUUCCUCAAACUAGGUUAACCGGUUUGGCACCCUUUUUAUUUACGUUCACAGGUGUGUGAAGACGGAAAACUAAACUUAUUUUUCUCCUCAAGUGUUAAACUGACAUAAACUUCAUGUCAUGAUGAAGUCCACAAAGGAUUCAUUGGAGUUUCUGGACCUGAGUCAUCUGUCCACAGAUGAGGAAUUGGCAAUCCGACAGGUGCUUCAGCGAGUUGACGACCUCAGGAAGCGAGAGACUGGACGCAUACGGUAAUUAAUUUAUGGCCUUGGUGGCAGUAAAUAUCUUGAUGUUGUUGGGUCGAAUACAUUCUGAGAAUGAACAUUCCCUAUUUAAUGGUAGUUAAUGUUGUGCUUGUACAACAAAUUGUACAAUUUGCAAUGACAUCGCAUGAGCUUUAGACAUAUGCUACAUGACCAAAAGUAUGUGGACACCUGCUUGUCGAACAUCUCAUUCCAAAAUCAUGGGCAUUAAUAUGGAGUUGGUCCCCCCUUUGCGGUUAUAACAACCUCCACUCUUCUGGAAGGCUUUCCACUGGAACAUUGUUGCGGGGACUUACUUCCAUUCAGCCGCAAGAGCAUUAGUGAGAUCGUACACUGAUGUUGGGCGAUUAGGCCUUGCUCGCAGUCGGCGUUCCAAUUAAUACCAAAGAUGUUCAAUGUGGUUGAAGUCAGGGCUCUGUACAGGCCAGUCAAGUUCUUCCACACCGAUCUCGACAAACCAUUUCUGUAUGGACCUCGCUUUGUGCACGGGGGAAUUGUCAUGCUGACACAGGAAAGGGCUUUCGCUAAACUGUUGCCACAAAGUUGGAAGCACAGAAUGGUCUAGAAUGUCAUUGUAUGCUGUAGUGUUAAGAUUUCCCUUCACUGGAACUAAGGGGCCUUGCCCGAACCAUGAAAAACAGCGUCAGACUGCCAGAUGUUGAAGCGUGAUUCAUCACUCCAGAGAACGUUUUUCCACUGCUCCAGAGUCCAAUGGCGGCGAGCUUUACACCACUCCAGUCGACGCUUGCAUUGCGCAUGUGGAUCUUAGGAUGCUCGUCCAUGGAAACCCAUUUAAGGAAGCUCCCGACGAACAGUUCUUGUGUUGAUGUUGCUUCCAGAGAAAGUUUGGAACUUGGUAGUGAGUGUUGCAAUUGAGGACAGAUGAUUUUUGCGCAGCACGCGCUUCAGCACUCGGCCGUCCCGUUCUGUCAGCUUGUGUGGCCUACCACUUCGUGGCGGAGCCGUUGUUGCUCCUAGACGUUUCCACUUCACAAUAACAGCACUUACAGUUGACCGGGGCAGCUCUAGCAGGGCAGAAAUUUGACGAACUGACUUGUUGGAAAGGUGGCAUCCUAUGACGGUGCCACGUUGAAAGUCACUCAGCUCUUCAGUACGAGCCAUUCUACUACCAAUGUUUGUCUAUGGAGAUUGCAUGGCUGUGUGUUCAGUUUUAUACACCUGUCAGCAACGGGUGUGGCUGAAAUAGCCGAAUCCACUAAUUUGAAGGGGUGUCCACAUACUUUUUUAUAUACAGUGCAUUGGGAAAGUAUUCAUACCACUUGACUUUUUCCACAUUUUGUUACAUUACAGCCUUAUUCUAAAAUGUAUUACAUAAUUUUUUUCCCUCCUCAAUCUACACACAAUACCCCAUGAUGACAAAGAAAAAACAGUUUAGACAUUUUUGCAAAUGUUUUAAAAAUAAAAAAAACUGAAAUAUCACAUUUACAUAAGUAUUCAGACCCUUUACUCAGUACUUUGUUGAAGCACCUUUCGCAGCAAUUACAGCCUCGAGUCUUCUUGUGUAUGACGCUACAAGCAUGGCACACCUGUAUUUGGGGAGUUUCUCCCAUUCUUCUCUGCAGAUCCUCUCAAGAUCAGUCAGGUUGGAUGGAGAGCGUCGCUGCACAGCUAUUUCAUGGUCUCUCCGGAGAUGUUAGAUCGGGUUCAAGUCCAGGCUCUGGCUUGGCCACUCAAGGACAUUCAGAGACUUGUCCUGAAGCCACUCCUGUGUUGUGUGCUUAGGGUCGUUAUCCUGUUGGAAGGUGAACCUUCGCCCCAGUCUGAGGUCCUGAGCGCUCUGGAGCAGGUUUUCAGCAAGGAUCUCUCUGUACUUUGCUCCGUUCAUCUUUCCCUCGAUCCUGACUUGUCUCCCCAUCCCUGCCAAUGAAAAACAUCCCCACAGCAUGAUGCUGCCACCACCAUGCUUCACCGUAGGGAUAGUGGCAGGUUUCCUCCAGACGUGGCGCUUGGCAUUCAGGCCAAAGGGUUCAAUCUUGGUUUCAUCAAACCAGAGAAUCUUGUUCCUUUAGGUGCCUUUUGGCAAACUCCAAGCGGGCUGUCAUGUGGCUUCCGUCUGGCCACUCUACAAUAAAGGCCUGAUUUAGUGGAGUGUUGCAGAGAUGGUUGUCCUUCUGGAAGGUUCUCGCAUCUCCAAAGAGUAACUCUGACAGAGUGACCAUCAGGUUCUUGUUCACCUCCCUGACCAAGACCCUUCUCCACCAAAUGCUCAGUUUGGCCGGGUGGCCAGCUCUAGGAAGAGUCUUGAUGGUUCCAAACUUCAUCCAGUUAAGAAUGAUGGAGGCCACUGUGUUCUUGGGGACCUUCAAUGCUGCAGAUAUUUUUUGGUACCCUUCGCAAAAUCUGUGCCUCGACACAAUGCUGUCUCGGAGCUCUAAGGACAAUUCCUUCGACCUCAUGGCUUGGUUUUUGUGCUGACAUGCACUGUCAACUGUGGGACCUUAUACAGACAGGUGUUUGCCUUUCCAAAUCAUGUUCAAACAAUUGAAUUUACCACAGGUGGACAGCAAUCAAGUUGUAGAAACAUCUCAAGGAUGAUCAAUGGAAACAGGAUGCACCUGAGCUCAAUUUCGAGUCUCAUAGCAAAGGGUCUGAAUACUUAUGUAAAUAAAGUAUUUCUGUUUAUUUAUUUUGUUUAAUUUGCAAAGAUUUCUAAAAAGCUGUUUUUGCUUUGUCAUUAUGGGGUAUUGAUGAGUUUUUUUUAAAAUAUAUAUAUAUAAAUAAGGCUGUAACGUAACAAAAUGUGUAAAAAGUCAAGGUGUCUGAAUACUUUCCGAAUGCACUUUAUAGUGUAUCUCAAUGCAGUUAAAUACAUUUGUGGAAUUAUACGCAACAUAUAAAGUGUUGGUCCCAUGUUUCAUGUGCUGAAAUUAAAAGUCCCAGAAAUGUUCCAUACUCACACAUUUGUUUACCUCCCUGUUACUGAGCAUUUAUCCUUUGCCAAUAUAAUAUAUCCACCUGACAGGUGUGGCAUAUCAAGAAGCUGAUUAAACAGCAUGAUCAUUACACAGCAUGAUCAUUGUGCUGAGGACAAGAAAAGGCGAGUUUUGUCACACAACACAAUGCCACAGAUGUCUCAAGUUUUGAGGGAGUGUGCAAUUGGCAUGCUGACUGCAGGAAUGUCCACCAGAGUUGUUGCCAGAGCCUUUAAUGUUAAUUUAUCUACCAUAAGCCGCCUCCAACGUCAUUUUAGAGAAUUUGGCAGUACGUCCAACCGGCCUCACAACCGCAGACCAUGUGUAACCCGCCAGCCCAGGACCUCCACAUCCGGCUUCCUCACCUGCGAAAUCAUCUGAGACCAGCCACCCAGACAGCUGAUGAAACCGAGGAGUAUUUCUGUCUGUACUGAAGCCCUUUCGUGGGGAAAAACUCAUUCUGAUUGGCUGGGCCUGGCUCCCAACUGGGUGGGCCUAUUCCCUCCCAGGCCCACCCAUGGCUGCGCCCUGACCAGUCAUGUGAAAUCCAUAGAUUAGGACCUAAUUUCUUUCUUUCAAUUGACUGAUUUCCUUAUAUGAACUGUAACUCAGUAAAAUGGUUAAUUGUUGCAUGUUGUGUUUUAUAUUUUUGUUCAGUAUAGAUUACUUGAAAUUAGUUCUCUUCAUCUGUUAUAUUUAGCCCUUCAGACCAAAUUUAAGAAGUGGUUUGAACAUAUAAAACAUCUACAGAAGAUUUACAAUGCAGUAUAUUCAUGUUAGGAGAGACCAACAUUUUAGUUGGAAUAGUUUACUAAAAUAAUCAGGCUUUUCAUUUACCACUUUUCCAUCUGCAUUAUUCUCUAUUGGUGCCAGUCGUCUGCAAAUCUCCAUUCCUGACCCUAAAAAGCUCAAAGUCAUGACCGGGGAGUGGUUCGAAGAGCUCCGGACUCGUCGCUAUGGACGACAGUCGGAUGUGACAGAAGUUCUCAGGUCUUCAAUGAGGAGGAAGAAGACAACAGGUAUAGAUUUUGUACUGAUUACCAUUAAUCAGUUAAAUGAUUACUCUCAAUCAAUUAAAGAUUAAUGAAAAUGUUCUAUAUUCUGACUUCAUCCCCAUUGUCAGUCAUCUUCCACAAGGAUAAAUACUGUAGUUACAUUAUUCAUACAGACGGAUGGGCUGACCGAAGAUAAAUAUUCUGAGUGAUCAUUGUCUGCUUCUUAGCCUUUAGGACUAGUCCUUUCAGCGAUGUCGGACAAAGAGAAAACAAAGGAGGAGAAAAGGAGAAUAAGGAUCCUCAAACCAAGACGUCUGAGUUGUAAGAUUAUUCUAAGAGUAGCCUUCAAUAGAUUUCUCACACAUGGAAUACAAACACACUUUGCAGAGGCUUAAGCAUUGAACAGUGAAUUGCUAUCUCCUAAUAGAAGAGAAAAGUGUAAUGAGAGCAAACUCUUUUCCUUGCGAUAAAAGCUUCCGAAGACUUCUGUGUUGGUAUUACAUAAUUAUGCUUCAUGGCCUGGUUUUUCUAUGCCAGAGAAUAACUUUUACUGUUGCAAGGUGUUUUCACAUCAAAUCAAAUCCAAUUGUAUUUGUCACGUGCCGAAAGCAACAGGUGUAGACCUUACCGUGAAAUGCUUACUUACAAGCCCUUAACCAACAAUGAAGUUCAAGAAAUAGAGUUAAGAAAAUAUUUUCUAAAUAAACUAAAGUAAAAAAUAAAAUAAAAAGUAACACAAUAAAAUAACAAUAACGAGGCUAUAUACAGGGGGUACCGGUACCGAGUCAAUGUGCGGGGGUACAGGUUAGUCGAGGUAAUUUGUACAUGUAGGUAGGGGUAAAGUGACUAUGCAUAGAUAAUAAACAGCGAGUAGCUGUCCGGAUGGCCAUUAGAUUUUUUAAAACUCUAAAUUAUUAGUUUUAGCAUAGAAAGCAAGGAAUUACUGUAUCGGUGCACGGAACUCUAUUACUGUAUUGAUGCAUGCAACUCACUAAUUCGAACACUUGACUUAUCAACAAUUGCAUGAAGCUUUUGAUGCUAUUGAAGAAAUACCUAUUUUUCAUUCAUGCAUUUUAAUUUAGAAAAAGAUACACUUUUUUUUAAAGAGUUCUGCAUCUUUCAUUCUUGCACUGACAUAUGAAGUACUGUAUAUGCACAUUAAGUACUUAUUUUCUUAUUGUUUGAGUACAAAUCCUUUCAAUCUCUCUUUUCCAUUCAUAGCCAGACACCGGACACAAGUUUCCUAAACCCAGCUUUUCGUGAAAAGGUUUGUUUUAUUGCAUUAUUAUUUGAGGCAAAACUUUCUUUCACUUUAACCAAAGAGUUGAUACAUAAUACCGCAAUUGUGAUCCUCAGGCUAACCAGGAACUUAACAAUGAGGAAAGCACUGUGGAUAUUGGUGAGUAUGAAACAUUUAGCAGCUGUGGAAGGAUCCACCUAACCCUAUCCUGACAGGCCAAGCGUAAACUAAACCUGAACUGAUCCUUUAUUACAGACAACACCGUUGUUGAUGUUCCUGAAUGGAAACAUCCACUCUACAGAUCUCAUGAGGGGCCUGCUAGUGAGGAAAAAUGUACCAACCCAUUUACAUCUCCAAACCAAGAGAUGCCAUACUUUAGCACAACUGACACUGUCCACCAAUCACCAGACAGGAAACCUGGACCAGAAAAGAAGACAGAAUCUGCUCAUAUUGCCAAUACCCUUCUUGAGUCUCAGCUCGGUCCUACCAACGAAUUUAGUCCCGACCCUCAAACCAAACCAACAACCAAAUCCCUGGACACUAUUGCGGAUCAGAAGUCUAGCAGAAAGCUGGUGUUUCCCCCUGAAAUAUACGAUGAACCAGAGAAGAACAGCUCUGUUAUGUAUGUAGACCCCUAUGUAUGGACACAACCAGAGUUGAAAAGUAGCCUCAUAGAGGCCGAGCCAAAAGACGUAGAGAUGGCCAUAGGAACGACUAAAACAAUAGUGAUAUUGCCUAGUGUUGACACACAUAAUAGGUCAGAGGAUAGCACCAGUGGUUUUGAUGUUGAACAUUCAGGGCAUGAGUCUCUCACUACUCCAUCUUUUGAGAUCUGGGCACAGAGCAGCCGCAUAAGGCCAAAGCCAAAAGAGGUUAACUUUACCUCUGGAAAGACAAAUACCACAGAGACUCCACCUAGUGGUGACAGUCUGACCCGAUCAGAAGAUAACUUCAACAACAGGAGACCUGAUGAUGAAGUUUCAGAACAUGAGGAGCCUCCUAGCAUGCCAUCUUCAGAGGUCAAGUAUCAGAAGGUGCAAUUUCAGCUUGAAUAUGAAGAUAUGUUGGGGCUGGAAUCUGUUAGGCUAAACCAAGAUGUUUCAACAGAGAGCCAAGAACUUCUAACAGACCAAAACCACAGUGAACCGCUAUCAUUUGAGGACACAAACUCUCUUCAGAGAAAUUACCCUUUGCCUACCAUUGAGGCAUUCAAAUGUAUAGAGAAACCUCAGUACUUGCUCCAAGAGGGACCUCAGGAUAUACUCACCAUAGACAAACAUGUUCCUUUGGAUGAAUCAUCUGUCAUAAAAGAGGCCAGACCCAAGAAGGACCUAGUUUCUUCAGAAGAAUAUCCUCCAUUUGCUGUUCAUUUUCUAGAUGAAGUCAUCAUUUCUAGCAAUCUCCAUACAUCAAAGGAGGACACUGGUGAGGACAAAGUGAAGUUUAGAAAUGAUUAUCUCUCAGAGACUGAAAUGGUUGGGGGCAUGAAACAUGUAACAAAGAUGGACCAUAGGGUUUCUCCAAGAGAUUUUGAUGAAGAAAAGAAACAAGAACAGAUUAAUUUCCCAGAACAGAUGGAUGUAAAGAAGUCUACUGAAUCACUAAGUAAAGCAGCAGAUGGAGAUGAGGUAGAGAUAUUUAAGGAAAGGGAUACUUUAGAGUCCAAGCUGUCUCCAAAUAGAGACUUUCAAAAAGUGAAUCAGAAGACUGGAAAAUCUCUAAUUCCCACAAUAGUGGUCAAUUCCUCUGAAUCCCCAGUGACAGAUGACACUGAAGGUAAGGGGUCUCGCUAUUUUGCAGUUUAAACUUUAACAUGGAGCUCUCUAUUAUUUUUCAGUUUCACAUGCCACAACAUCUUGCAAUGCCAUUGUUAGCUGAACUAACAAGACUAAAUUAAAUCCUGAUCUCGUGAUUUCAAAUCCUUUGCCUUCACAAAUGUUUGUGCUUGCUAUUGAAAGUAAACUCUAAGUGACUAAAAUGUUAGAGAGGAGGUUCAGAAUGAAAGUACUUUACAGUGUUUUCCUCGUAUGCAACACAGCUUCAAGCUAUGACAUUUGAGGAGUAUCAUUACACACCUUUGUAGCCCUUCGGUAAGUAUUCAGACCCCUUCCUUUUCCCCACAUUUUGUUACGUUACAGCCUUAUUCUAAAAUUGACUAAAUAAAACAAUUUCCUCAUCAAUCUACACACAAUACCCCAUAAUGACAAAGCGAAAACAGGUUUUGGAAAUGUUUGCAAAUGUAUUAAAAAUAAAAACAGAAAUACCUUAUUUACAUAAGUAUUCAGACCCAUUGCUUUGAGACUUGAAAUUGAGGUCAUGUGCAUCCCGUUUCCAUUGAUCAUCCUUGAGAUGUUUCUACAACUUGAUUGGAGUUCACCUGUGGUAAAUUCAAUUGAUUGGACAUUAUUUGGAAAGGCACACACCUGUCUGUAUAAGGUCCCACAGUUGACAGUGCAUGUCAGAGCAAAAACCAAGCCAUGAGGUCGAAGGAAUUGUCCGUAGAGCUCCGAGACAGGAUUGUUUCGAGGCACAGAUCUUGGGAAGGGUACCAAAAAAUUUCUGCAGCAUUGAAGGUCCCCCAGAACACAGUGGCCUCCAUCAUUCUUAACUGGAAGAAGUUUGGAACCACCAAGACUAUUCCUAGAGCUGGCCGCCCGGCCAAACUGAGCAAUCGGGGGAGAAGGGCCUUGGACAGGGAGGUCACCAAGAACACGAUGGUCACUCUGACAGAUCUCCAGAGUUCCUCUUUGGAGAUGGGAGAACCUUCCAGAAGGACAACCAUCUCUCUAGCACUCCACCAAUCAGGCCUUUAUGGUAGAGUGGCCAGACGGAAUCCACUCCUCAGUAAAAGGCACAUGAGAGCCCUCUUGGAGUUUGCCAAGAGGAACAGGCGUCACGUCUGGAGCGUCCCGUCUGGAGGAAACCUGGCACAACAUCCCUACGUUGAAGCAUGGUGGUGGCAGCAUCAUGCUGUGGGGAUGUUUUUCAGCGGCAGAGACUGGGAGACUUAUCAGGAUCGAGGGAAAGAUGAACGGAGCAAAGUACAGAGAGAUCCUUGAUGAAAACCUGCUCCAGAGCGCUCAGGACCUCAGACUGGGGCGAAGGUUCACCUUCCAGCAGGACAAUGACCCUAAACACACAGCCAAGACAAUACAGGAGUGGCUUGGUGACAAGUCUCUGAAUGUCCUUGAGUGGCCCAGCCAGAGCCUGACUUGAACCCGAUCAAACAUCUCUCGAGAGACCUGAAAAUAGCUGUGCAGUGAUGCUCCCCAUCCAACCUCACAGAGCUUGAGAGGAUCUGCAGAGAAGAAUCUGAGAAACUCCCCAAAUACAGGUGUGCCAAUCUUGUAGCGUCAUACCCAAGAAGACUCGAGGCUGUAAUCACUGCCAAAGGUGCUUCAACAAAGUACUGAGUAAAUGGUCUGAAUGCUUAUGUAAAUGUGAUAUUUCAGUUUUUUAUUUGUAAUAAAUGUGCAAACAUUUCUAUAACUCUUUUGCUUUGUCAUUAUGGGGUAUUUAAUCAAUGUUAGAAUAAGGCUGUAACGUAACAAAAUGUGGAAAAGGUCAUGUGGUCUGAAUAUUUUCGAAUGCGCUGUAUCUGACACUUAGCAUGUUUUCAAUCAAGGAAGUUCACAUGGCAAUUUUGGAAGCAUGGAUAUCACACCAAAUGACAAAAGGUUGUUUUUGUCUUAUGUGGGUUUUUUUCACUCUGGUUUAGAACAAUCAUCUGUGUCUCAGGAACCCCCUUCAGUGGUUGUUUCACCUGUGGACACCUGGGAGGUUAGAUGUUAAAAUACAUUUCCAACAAAACAGAUUAAUAAAUGCAUUCUUAAACGGUUUAUGCACAUAUUCUGAAUAAUGGCUUUCACUUGUGGGAGUUUAGUAGUCUUGAUAUAAACAACCAGAAAGAUGGAUGUUUUCACUCUUUAAAAGAUGUACACGCACACACACUAACUGAUGCCUUUCAUUCAUGGGAGGUAAGUUGUCUAAAUACAUAGAAUGUUGCACUCUUGAAAGAAUAUGAACACAUAUAUGCCCACACUGGCUGAUGGCUUUCAUAUGUCUUCCUUGGCUUCUACUCUAACUCUAACCCUCUUCAGGAUGAGGGUCUGGACUCAGACGAUGACCACAGCUCUGUCUCCAGCUAUGGGUCUGACUUCUCUGCUAGAAGAGGUUAUGACUCCAAUGCUUUGGACCUCACUGGGGUAGGACCGUUUUAUGGACAGUUACCAUAAAGCUACCAUUUACAACAACAUACUGUAGUUGCUUUGGAAGAUAUGGCUUGAAUAGCAAGAUAUUUGCUGUCCCGGGAAAUAUAUAUAUUUGUAUUAAUCUUUCUUUUUCCUUUCUCUGAACAUCAAAGGUGUUAUUUGUGCAAAAAUACAAUCAUACUGUAUGACAUUUCAAAUACUUGACACAGCUCUUGAGUUUGCAGUUCAUAAUUGCAUCACAUUUUAAAUUAAUGCAAUGAUUACUUAAAACCCAUAAAAAUGAUUUAUUUAGGCCGCCUUUUCCCCAAAAAGUUGUGAAAUACUGAUAGUGAGGCAUAAUAUGGUUGUGUUUGGUAAUCCUUCCAUUUCCAAAAUGACGCCUACAGAGUUUGCUUUGUCUCUAAAUGAGUACCUUUGAAAAUAUCCCUCUCCUGUCCUCUUUUGUCAGCGCACUGGCAGUCUUCUGAGUGUGUACAGUGAGGCGGGGGACUUUGGGAGUGUGACUGUCCAGGGGGCAGUGGAGUUCUCGCUGAGGUACAGAAAUGCAGAGGAGCUGAUUGUCACAGUGGAGCAGUGUCAGGACCUGGCCUACGCCAACCCUCGCAAGCAGCGCACUAACCCGUAAGCUCAACACACCACGCACGCGUGCAAACACACACACACACACCAAUUCAGACCAAUAUUAUAGUAGUUAAAUCAGGUGUUAAAGAUGCACUAUGCAGAAAUCGCUCCGCCAUUUCCUAGUUGAUAAAAUUCUAAUUGUUCGCCUAAUUUCAGUUUAUGUGACAAAACAAGCAAGUAUAGUGUAUAAUUAUUGUACCAUCUAAUCCGCUGUGAAAUAUAUUUUCCAUAACCCAAUAUAUUGUAUUUUCAGCUGUUUGAAGCUGGUGUACAAAACCUCAAGUAAAAGACACAAAAACGAGAAAUGGUGCACAUGGAACAAAUCUACCGCUUCUUAGACUUGCUUUCAAUGAGAAUUACAGAUCUAUAACUCACAUUUUUACGUGAAUUUGGAUGGGUCGCCUAAAAAUAUUUAAUUGGGCUUUCCAGAACCUACACCAGGUUUUUUAAAUUAUUUUUUUAAUGAGCCCAAUAAUAAGUAUUUAGUAGAGUAUUGGAUCAGCUUAUUUUAAAUAUUAAGGUGUUAGAAUGGGUAAGGUCCUUUAAGCUAUGGUCAUUACCGUGUAGAAUACCAGAUGACUUGUCUCCCAUGGCAUCAAUACUAUAAGUAGUUCACUAUUUUACAACUUGAUGUUAGAUGGUUCCUCACCCUGAAAGUAGUCUAUGGGCCAGGAUAAACUGUAAUCCAUGGUUUUUUUAAACAGCCGCUACAAACUUCAGCUAACUUUAGCCACUACAACCUAACAAUCAAUGGAAGUGAUGUGGGCAUGUGAGCCUGUUAUUAUUUUUUUUAAAUAGCCAAAUCACCUUUAAGUAACAUCAAACCAAAUAUGGAGUUGAUUUUGAAUUGAUUUCAGGUGAUUUUGACGUUAUUUUUUAAAAACAUGCUCACAUGCCCCCAUCACAUCCAUUGAUUGUUAGCUUGUUGUGGCUGAAGUUUGUAGUGGCUGUUUUAAAGAAAACUGAACUGUGGAGUACAGUUUAUUUUAGCCGAUAGACUAAUUUCAGGGUGAGGAACCAUCUAACAUGAAAAUGUAAAAUAGUGAACUACUCCUUUAACAGCAUAACUCCUAUCUCCUGUGCAGAUAUGUGAAGACCUACCUCCACCCUGACAAAUCCCGCCAUAGCAAGAAGAAGACAUCCAUCAAGAAACACACCAUUAACCCAGUGUUUGGUGGAGAGACACUGAAAGUAGGUUUUACCAUGUUGUGAGACUGAUAUCCACAUUUGUGAUGCCACACUUUUACUUUGCUACCUCGUCACAAGUUAGAAGGAUAUUUUUGUUUUAAAUGUCUGAUGUCAUUGGAAAGCAAACACUCAGGAUUUUUCGGUAAGACCAGACUGAACAGAUACAAAUGCUGAUGUAACAUUUUAGAUACUGUUGACAGGAGUUGAAGCCAGAAAAAAUCCCAUGACUGAAAUUUACGUUGAUCUCAGACUGAUUGACUUGGGCCUAGUUAACCUCCCAUUUAAUGAAAAAUAGCCAUGACCAUUAUGUUUUUAGGGGAAGAACAUAUUAUAUUGCAAGUUUGACCAUUUCAAGUCCCCUUUUCUAUUUUAAAUGUAAAAUAAUUAAUCUAUCAUGCUUUUACAGUAACAGUGCUUUCUGUAUAUUUUAUUAAUGACUCUUGCAUGAACAUGUACUUGGCAAAGGUAUGCAUCUCUUGGCCUAUGCUUAAGUCUUUGUUUAUUUUCCAUUCAAAUACAAUUACUUUAUUUACAACCAAAUCUGAGUUUCCCACCCAAAGUGUGCAACUGGCACAAUGGUGUGGGCUUGGGAGACUGGAAUACGCUUGCUCAUUUGGUGCAGAACCAGAUGUUAUGCGUGUGUACAGUGAUAUGGCCCUCCUGUAGCUCAGUUGGUAGAGCAUGGCACUUGCAACACCAGGGUUGUGGGUUCGAUUCCCACGGGUGGCCAGUAUGAAAAAUGUAUGCGCUCACUAACUGUAAGUCGCUCUGGAUAAGAGUGUCUGCUAAAUGACUAAAAUGUAAAAAGAAUAUGAGAAUAUCCCCCAUAGUUAGGGUCCUGCAUUUCUUUUCUACCCCACAUUUCGAUCAUACCACCUCAAGGGGCCAAUAUAGCACCUUCUCACGUUAUGUGUGAAUUAAUUGUCACGCGUGCAUACCAUAAUCAUCUGGUAUUAUCAAAUUAGUCCAAAAUAAGUUCCAUUAUUAAGUUAAUUCACUUCAAAUUAAAUGUCUGCUGACACUCACAGCUCGGUUGUCAUCAGCAGCCUAUGCUUUAAUACACCAACAUAUAAGGCUCAGGACAUUAUCAACAUAAAUAUUUAAUUACUUAUUCAUUGUGUGUUUUAGAAAACAAUAAUUGCUAGGGAAGAAUAACUUUUUUUUGUUUCGUUUGACUCUACUUGUUCAAGUCCGACUUCUUUCUAAAUGAGUUGGGUAGCACAUCUAGCCAGGUUUUUAAUCACUAAAAUACUGUUUAACUAAAUGUUUCACCAUGACCCUUCAUCUAGUCCUCUAAGUAGGGGUAAUAACAUUGUAAAACAACAAAACAAAAAAACACUACUCUAUACUUGACCUUUGUGCUAGAGUCAAAUGGUAUUCUGUGAAGGAAAGGUCUAACCAUGAAUCUCACAAUGAUAUAAGUAUGUUUUCCCUGUGAUGUUCAGAGGCAGAGUGACAGUGAUCUGAAGUUUGGCUAACAAUGAGAUAUAAAAGUAAUUUAAUGCAAUCAUUUGAUUGAUUUUAUAACUUUGGUACAUGUAUCAAACAUUUGGCUCUAAAAUGUAACAGUUGGAUCUAUCAACUCAGCAAAAAUAAUAAUAGGACAUCCUCAGCUAAUGGAAAUACAUUUUGAUGUACUUACUGUACUUACUGUACAGGGACAAAUUGACACAGAAUAUCAUCAGUGUAUAGCCUUUAGGAAUGUAAGGGUAGGACUCAGCAACUUUUAUACCCGUUGAGAUGCUGUGUGCGAGCAGCGUCUUCGAGCAUCACUUUGUCCCGUGCAUUAAUAAAUACGUGACAAUAGACUAAACUUAAUCCAUUAAUUUGUCUUCUAUUAUUUCACAGGCAAAUUAACACAAAAUAUAGCAUACAGUGCUUGGUGGUUGAAAAAGUAGCCAAAACAGUUGCUUAAAUCAUUCAUUCAAAACAUAUUUUAUUUUGCAUCGUGUGUGUAUUGGUCCAGUUCUGCAUUACAUUGUUUGAUGAAACCAUCCCACUGGGCACAUAUUGGUUGAAUCAACAAUGUUUCCAUGCCAUUUCAAUUAAAUUACGUUUAACCAACAAGGAAUAGAUGUUGAAUUGACGUCUGUGCCCAGUGGGAGGCCAGGGAUAGAAGAUAACGGCAGGGUGCUUUUGGGGUGUUCACAUGCUAUCGGUUAUCAGAAGUUUGGAGUUCCGACUGAGAAGUUUCACUUGAACCACCCCCCAAAUCAUAAUUAGAAGUGGGAAACUCAGAGAAAAUGUUGUUACCUGAAUUUCCGAGUUGUGACGUUUUACCUUUUCAACCAAAAGAUGAUGACAAAUCCAAUGUAAGCUACAGUGAGGGAAAAAAAGUAUUUGAUCCCCUGCUGAUUUUGUACGUUUUCCCACCGAAAAAGAAAUGAUCAGUCUAUAAUUGUAAUGGUAGGUUUAUUUGAACUGUGAGAGACAGAAUAACAACAACAAAAUACAGAAAAACGCAUGUCAAAAAUAUUAUAAAUUGAUUUGUAUUUUAAUGAGGGAAAUAAGUAUUUUACCCCCUCUCAAUCAGAAAGAUUUCUGGCUCCCAGGUGUCUUUUAUACAGGGAAUGAGCUGUGAUUACCUGUAUAAAAGACACCUGUCCACAGAAGCAAUCAAUCAAUCAAAUUCCAAACUCUCCACCAUGGCCAAGACCAAAGAGUUCUCCAAGGAUGUCAGGGACAAGAUUGUAGACCUACACAAGCCUGGAAUGGGCUACAAGACCAUCGCCAAACAGCUUGGUGAGAAGGUGACAACAGUUGGUGCGAUUAUUCGCAAAUGGAAGAAAUACAAAAUAACUGUCAAUCUCCCUCGGCCUGGGGCUCCAUGCAAGAUCUCACCUCGUGGAGUUGCAUUGAUCAUGAGAACGGUGAGGAAUCAGCCCAGAACUACACAGGAGGAUCUUGUCAAUGAUCUCAAGGCAGCUGGGACCAUAGUCACCAAGAAAACAAUUGGUAACACACUAUGCUGUGAAGGACUGAAAUCCUGCUGCGCCCGUAAGGUCCCCCUGCUCAAGAAAGCACAUAUACAGAACCGUCUGAAGUUUGCCAAUGAACAUCUGAAUGAUUCAGAGGAGACCUGGGUGAAAGUGUUGUGGUCAGAUGAGACCAAAAUUGAGCUCUUUGGCAUCAACUCAACUCGCCGUGUUUGGAGGAGGAGGAAUGCUGCCUAUGACCCCAAGAACACCAUCCCCACCGUCAAACAUGGAGGUGGAAACAUUAUGCUUUGGGGGUGUUUUUCUGCUAAGGGGACAGGACAACUUCACCGCAUCAAAGGGACGAUGGACGGGGCCAUGUACCAUCAAAUCUUGGGUGAGAACCUCCUUCCCUCAGCCAGGGCAUUGAAAUUGGGUCGUGGAUGGGUAUUCCAGCAUGACAAUGACCUAAAACACACGGCCAAGGCAACAAAGGAGUGGCUCAAGAAGAAGCACAUUAAGGUCCUGGAGUGGCCUAGCCAGUCUCCAGACCUUAAUCCCAUAGAAAUCUGUGGAGGGAGCUGAAGGUUCGAGUUGCCAAAUGUCAGCCUCGAAACCUUAAUGACUUGGAGAAGAUCUUUAAAGAGUAGUGGAACAAAAUCCCUCCUGAGAUGUGUGCAAACCUGGUGGCCAACUACAAGAAACGUCUGACCUCUGUGAUUGCCAACAAGGGUUUUGCCACCAAGUACUAAGUCAUGUUUUGCAGAGGGGUCAAAUACUUAUUUCCCUCAUUCAAAUGCAAAUCAAUUCAUAAAAUUUUUGACAUGCUUUAUUUCUGAAUUUUGUUGUUGUUAUUCUGUCUCUCACUGUUCAAAUAAACCUACCAUUAAAAUUAUAGACUGAUCAUGUCUUUGUCAGUGGGCAAACGUACAAAAUCAGCAUGGGAUCAAAUACUUUUUUCCCUCACUGUAUAUCUACAACACAAAAUGUAAAGUACCACCAUAUAACAACAUUACAAUGUACAUUUGUGAGCAUAUGCAUGUGUCUGUACCGUAUGCAUGUGUGUGUGUGUGUGUGUGUGUGUGUCUCUUCACAGUCCCUGCUGUUCCAUGAGGUAGAUUUUGAUCUGUUUUUUAAAAUCUGGUUCUACUGCUUGCAUCAGUUACCUGAUGUGGAAUAGAGUUGUGGUCCUCUGUAGCUCAAUUGGUAGAGCAUGGCGCUUGUAACGCCAGGGUAGUGGGUUCGAUCCCCAGGACCACCCAUACGUAAAAAUGUAUGCACACAUGACUGUAAGUCGCUUUGGAUAAAAGCGUCUGCUAAAUGGCAUAUUAUUAUUAUUAUUAUUAUUAUUAUUAUUAUUAUUAUUUAUAGAGUUCCAUGUAGUCAUGGCUCUAUGUAGUACUGUGCGCCUCCCAUAGUCUGUUCUGGACUUGGGGAUUAUGAAGAGACCUCUGGUGGCAUGUCUUGUGGGAUAUGCAUGGGUGUCCGAGCUGUGUGCUAGUGACAGCUCAGUGCAUUCAGCUUGUCAACACCUCUUACAAAAACAAGUAGUGGUGAAGUCAAUCUCUCUUCCACUUUGAGCCAUGAGAUAUUGACAUAAAGAUCAUUCAUGUUAGCUCCCCAUGUGCAUUUAAGGGCCAGCCGUGCUGCCCUGUUCUGAGCCAAUUGUUAUUUUCCUAAGUGCCUCUUUGUGGCACCUGAACACAUGACUGAACAGUAGUCCAGGUGACAAAACCAAUGCCUGUAGGACCUGCCUUGUUGAUAGUGUUGUUAAGAAGGCAGAGCAGCCCUUUAUUAUGGACAUACUUCCCCCCAUCUAGGUACUGUUGUAAUAUGUUUUGACCAUGACAGUUUACAAUCCAGGGUUACUCCAAGCCAUUUAGUCACCUCAACUUGCUCAAUUUCCACACAAUGUACCACAAGAUUCAGGGUUUAGUGAAUGAUUUGUCCCAAAUUAGCUUUUUAAAUAGUUAAGACUAACUUAUUCCUUGCCACCCAUUCUGAAAUGAACUGCAGCUCUUUGUUAAAUGUUGCAGUAAUUUCAGUGGCUGUAGUAGCUGACGUGUAUAGUGUUGAGUCAUCCGUUUACAUAGACACACUGGCUUUACACAAAGGCAUGUUGUUAAUAAAGAUUGAAAAAAGUAAGGGGCCUAGACAGCUGCCCUGGGGAAUUCCUGAUUCUACCUGGAUUAUGUUGGAGAGGCAUCCAUUAAAGAACCCACGCUGUGUUCUGUUAGACAGGUAACUCUUUAUCCACAACAUAGCAGGGGGUGUAAAGCCAUAACACAUACGUUUUACCAGCAGCAGACCACCCUCUGUAGCACCUUGCGGUCGAAUGCAGAGCAGUUGCCAUACCAGGCGGUGAUGCAACUAGUCAGGAUGCUCUCAAUGGUGCAGCUGUAGAAUUUUUUAGGAUCUGAGGACCCAUGCCAAAUCUUUGAUCUAUCAGUCUCCUGAUAGGGUAUAGGCGUUGUCGUGCCCUCUUCACGACUGUCUUGGUUUGUUUGGACCAUGAUAGCUCCACUACAACCCCGUCGAUGAGAAUGAGGGUGUGCUCGGCUCUCCUUUUCCUGUUGUUUGCGAUCAUCUCUUUGUCUUUAUCACGUUGAGGGAGAGGUUGUUGUCCUGUUACCACACUGCCAGGUCUCUGACCUCCUCCCUAUAGGCUGUCUCAUCAUUGUCGGUGAUCAGGCCUACCACCAUUGAGUCGGAAAACUUAAUGAUGGUGUUGGAGUUGUGUUUGGCCAUGCAGUCGUGGGUGAACAGGGAGUACAGGAGGGGACUAAGCACACGCUCCUGAGGGGCCACCGUGUUAAGGAUCAGCGUGACAGAUGUGUUGUUGCCUACCCUUACCACCUGGGGGCGGCCCGUCAGGAAGUCCAGGAUCCAGUUGCAGAGGGAGGUGUUUGGUCCCAGGGUCCUUAGCUUAGUGAUGAGCUUUGAGGGCACAAUGGUGUUGAAUGCUGAAAUGUAGUCAAUGAACAGCAUUCUCACGUAGGUGUUCCUAUGUCCAGGUGGGAAAGGGCAGUGUGGCGCGCAAUACAGAUUGUGUCAUCUGUGGAUCUGUUGGGGCGGUAUGCGAAUUGGAGUGGGUCUAGGGUUUCUGGGAUGAUGGUGUUAAUGUGAGCCAUGACCAGCCAUUCAAAGCACUUCAUGGCUACAGAUGUGAGUGCUACGGGUCGGUAGUCAUUUAGGCAGGUCAACUUGGUGUUCUUGGGCACAGGGACUAUAAUGGUCUGCUUGAAACAUGUAGGUAUUACAGACUCGGUCAGGGACAGGUUGAAAAUGUCACUGAAGAUUCUUGACAGUUGGUCAACGCAUGCUCUGAGCACACGUCCUGGUAACCGUCUGGCCCUGCGGCCUUGUGAAUGUUGACCUGUUUAAAGGUCUUACUCACAUUGGCUAUGGAGAGCGUGAUCACGCAGUCGUCCAGAACAGCUGGUGCUCUCAUGCAUGCUUCAGUGUUGCUUGCCUCGAAACGCUCAUAGAAGUCAUUUAGCUUGUCUGGUAGGCUCGUGUCACUGGACAGCUCACAGCUGGACUUCCCUUUGUCGUCCGUAAUAAUUUGCAAGCCCUGUCACAACCGACGAGCGUAAAUCUUAGUCCUGUAUUGAUGCUUUGCCUGUUUGAUUUAUCGUCGGAGUGCAUAGGGGGAUUUCUUAUAAGCAUCCGGGUUAGAGUCCUGCUCCUUGAAAGCGGCAGCUCUACCUUUUAGCUCAGUGCGAAUGUUGCCUGUAAUCCAUGGCUUCUGGUUGGGGUAUGUACGUACAGUCACUGUGGGGACGACGUCAUCGAUGCACUUAUUGAUGAAGCGGUGACUGAUGUGGUAUACUCCUCAAUGCCAUCGGAUGAAUCCCAGAACAUAUUUCAGUCUGUGCUAGCAAAACGGUCCUGUAGAUUAGCAUCUGCAUCAUCUGACCACUUCCGUAUUGAGCGAGUCACUGGUGCUUCCUGCUUUAGUUUUUGCUUGUAAGCAGGAAUCAGGAGGAUAUAAUUAUGGUCAGAUUUGCCAAAUGGAGGGCGAGGGAAAGCUUUGUACGUGUCUCUGUGUGUGGAGUAAACAUGGUCCAGAGUUAUUUUUUCCUUUGGUUGCACAUGUGACAUGCUGGUAGAAAUGAGGUAAAACGGAUGUAAGUUUUCCUGCAUUAAAGUCCCCGGCGAGUAGGAGUGCCGCCUCUGGAUAAGCAUUUUCUUGUUUUCUUAUGGCCUUAUACAGCUCAUUGAGUGUGGUCUUAGUGCCAGCAUCGUUUUGUGGUGGUAAAUAGACAGCCACGAAAAACAUAGAUUAAAACUCUCUUGGUAAAUAGUGUUGUGUACAGCUUGUCAUGAGAUACUCUACCUCAGGCGAGCAAAACCUUGAGACUUCUUUAAUAUCAGAUUUCACGCACCAGCUGUUAUUGACAAAUAGACACAGACCACCACCCCUUGUCUUACCAGAGCUAGCUGUUCUGUCUUGCCGACGCACGGAAAGCCCAGCCAACUGUAUAUUAUCCAUGUUGUUCAACCACGACUCGGUGAAACAUAAUAUAUUACAGUUUCUAAUGUCCCGUUGGUAGGAUAGUCUCGAACAGAGCUCAUCCAUUUUAUUCUCAAAUGAUUGCAUGUUGGCCAAUAGGACAGAUGGUAGAGGUGGGUUACCCACUCGCCGAUGAAUUCUCACAAGGCACGAGAAUCUGCGUCCCCUGUAUCCACAACUCAUCUACAUGCGAAUGACGGGGAUUUGGGCCUGGUCCGGUGUCAGCAGUAAAUCCUUUGCGUCCGACUCACACAACCAGUUCACAUACCAGAAAGGGUUUUAAAUAAUCAACAGCCUCUGCAUAUUUUGGCUCAUGGCCACUUUUUUAACCAACAGAGAUGCUAAGAGAGCAUGAUGCCAUAAGUGAAGAUCUUACAUAAAUAGCCACUCCUCCCCCCUUUUUUGGCUAUCACAUCUGAAAAUGUUGAAGUCCGCAAUAGCAAUGUCCUUAUCCAUAAUCAAAUUAUUCAGCCAGGUCUCUGAGAUAACCAGAACGUCAAUAGCUAAUCAAAACCACUAGAUGGAAGUAGAUUACUUUAAUAUAGUGUGACCAGUGUAUUCCUAUCAUUGCUGUUGCCAUCUAGUGGGAUUGAUUCGGUAUUGACACCUGUUUGGUCACCGACACUAACCAGGUUUCCAUCCAAUGCUUUUGUGCGAGUAAAGUACUGUACAUAUCGGAUAAAAGAUGUCAUGACAGUUCUGAUGGAAACAGGACAUUUGUCUGUAAACUUUCCCAAUGUCAACAAAGCAAAAUACGCUGGGAUCUUUUGUGUCUGUAAAAUUAAUUAUGCAAGAAAUGUCGGUGGAAACGCUUUUAUGCGCAAAUAUUUAUAUAGUAACCAUCAUAUCUAAAUAAAAUUGGAAUCACUCUAUAACAUGUUGUGUCGUCCUCCCACCACGACUAGUUGGGAAAACAUGCUGUUUAUCAGGCUUCAGAUUAAGUAAGUUAUGAUGAACUUCAUAGGGUGGUGAAAGUGCAAGGUGAUGAGCUCAAUUGAUGCUCCUUUCCAAUACAUACAGAGGGUCUUAUUCUGGUGACAUGAUCAUCGAUGCUUGGCUGCUGAUUGACAAAUAGAAAUAAUCUUGCUCUUUUGUCCAUAACAAUCUCAUCAUGUAGGCUGGCCGACCCGCACUCUAUUUGCAAGCUGUUGGCUAGAGUGCACUUGCCAAUACUAGAGUGGGUACACUCGCCAUAUAACACAAUUUUUUUGGUGAGAAAACCGUCAGUAGAGUUAAAAAUUCGAUAGAAACCCAUUUAACUUGCAUUUUUUAUUUGGUACAUUUCACCGCAAAAAGUAUUCACAUGAAAAUCUGUAGCCAAUUGGAUGGAAACCUAGCUAGUAACAGAUCAUUUUUAUUGUACUCUAAUGCUGCAUUCAUAACUAGUGGGAAACUCUGAAAAUACUACUUGUAAACUGGGAGCAACGAGUUUUGUGCAUUUACAUGCUUUGAGCUAAUUGAGAACGCAGAUUGGCUAAUGGCAAACAAGCUGCGUCAACCAUAAACUAAAAGCACAGCUAUUAGGCUCGUGAACAAAUUAUAGUGUUCAAAAACCAUGCAAUAGAUUGAUUUUGAUAAUGUUUGUUGUUGCAUUUAAGUGCCGAAAAUGCUGUUACCAAGUUUAUUUCCUUAGUAGUUGAGUUCAUCAUGUGCUAGAAGUCGGAUCUCAGGGAUGACGAGUUUCCCACUAGUAAUUACGAGUUGGACGGGCGUUCAAGUUGAUUUUUUCCCUAUCAUAUCCUCGUAUUUACGAAUUUACAAGAUGUUAUGAAUGCAUCUUAUCCUCUUAACACUGGAACUCUCCCCUAAAAAGCAAACAUGAUUAACAAUUAACAAUAUUUUCUUUCAUUUUUUUGUGUAAUACUGUUUUUUUGUAUUCCCCUUGCCAGUACAAGAUGAAGAUGGAUGAUCUGAAAGGCAGGACACUGAACCUUUCUGUGUGGCACAAUGACUCCAGAGGAAGAAAUGUCUUUCUGGGGCAGGUAGACAUUGACCUGAAGACCUGGGACUGGGGGCAUGAGACCCUUACCUGGUACAACCUACAGCCCAAGGUAAAUAGCAUUUACUGUAUACAAGUUGUGGAAAUUAUCCAGAAAGAAACACCACAAGGUAGCUUGGUACAUUGCCUACCAGGCGUUGAAGUCAAUCCCAUUUUUAAUGCCAUCUUUUCAGGUGGAUUUUAAAUUAAAUGAAUGACAAAAUGCACCAUUAUUUUCAAAGAUGAUUAUUUUCAGUUAAAUCUCAAUUCACUUUCUGAAUUGCUUGAACAGCCUGCUUAGUUGACCCAACACUGACUUGAGCAGAUCUUUGGUAAGGAGGAGUUUCUUGGAAAUAAACCACAACACAAAUAUUAUUGCAGAUCAUGUGUUAAAACCCAGCUGGACACAACCUCUCCCUCCCUUCCCAACAUCGGCCCUGAUAUAGAGAUGAAAUGCUAUGUGCAAUAAGAGAUGAGCUCAUACUUUAUUGAUCCCCAAGGAUAGAUUAGUUUGUCGACCUGACACACCCACAAUACAAACAUAAAAUUGUCACAAAACAUUAAGAACAACUAUUUGAUAUAAUGUAUGUUUUGGAAAUGCUUUGGAAACAAAAAGCAGUAAAAGCAACACUCCUUUAAAACUUUUGCAAAUUAUAAAUGCCUGUGUGUUGAGUCAUCAAGCCACUUGUUUUUAUUUGCAGAAUCGUGGCGUUCAGGAGUCUCCUGAAUAUCAUGGACUGUUGACAGUAGCACUGAAAUAUAUUCCCCCUGGCUCAACAGGUACUAAUAUGAUAUGCCUGUCUCUUUUGUACAUGCGAUAGUAUUAUGUUAUGAUAGAAAUAUAGUGACAACUAAUACAUGUUAAACUCACUUUACUGACUCAAAACAUAAUAUAUAUAUUACCUACCUCCGAGGGGCAGGUAGCCUAAACACGCAUAGGCAAAGAUUUUCAGAUUGCAGGAAUAAGUUGAUGAGUGACAGUGAGGGCUUUGCAUAGGCGCUUUGUUGCGUUUUGUUUGCAUGUGCGCUUUGUUGCGUUUUAUUUGCGGGACUAGAAAAAAAUACAGAGGAUGGGGAGAGAGAUUUUUAAUUAGGUUGAGAAUAAUUUAUUAACUUUUUCAAUGCUAAGGAUUCUAUAGGCCUAGUUAUCAUGUUUCACAUUGGAUUUAUUAGCUACAAAAAGGUAAGAGGUGUUUUGAAUUCUGGUGCCACUCUGCACACAAGCUUGUUAGCUUGCUAGCUCAAAGGACAUUCAAAGUUCCUCCAUAGAAGCUGCUCCUCCUAGGUGUAAUUCUGUGGACCUAAUUCAUAUAAUGCAUUUCAUAACACAAUGCCCAGCACUUCAAGCGUCCUCCUCAACCCUCUCUUGCUCUCUCCCCACCUGCAAAAAUGUAGUCGCAUCUUGCACCAUAGGAUACACAUCAAUAAAUGUUGAUUUCACAGGUUAAAAAAUAAACAGAAAGGAACAACAUAAACCAGUACUUUUUUGGGGUUCAAACCGGUCGAAACAGUGGAACGAAACAAAAAAAAGUGUUUCUGUUCAGAACAAACCGAUUGAAAAUACUUUAGGUUCCAACCACUGAAAAAUACUAGAUUAGUCAAUAGUCAUGUAGUGCAUAUUGAAAGACGUGGGACACUGAAUUAGCUCUCUGAUCAUCAAUAUUGGAUAUUGUGCCUCCUCUUACUGCAGGUGGUGCCAGGCUUAACUCAGGGGAGGUCCAUGUGUGGCUGAAGGAGGCCAGAGAGCUGCGUAAGCUAAAGCCUCAGGGUGUCGACUCCUUUGUGAAGUGGUGAGCAGAAGACAGGUUUAAUAGAAUGACCUUUGAGGCAUAACAUCCCGAAUGUCAGCUUGUGUGCGUUUGUGUUUGUUUGUGUGGCUCUUCAUAUUUUGUCUCAAUUCAUACUUUAAAUGUAAUUUAAAAUGUAUUUAACCUUUAUUUUGACAGGGAGACAUGCUGAGACCAAUGGCUCUUUUGCAGAUUAGCCCUGUAAUUACAAAAAUAUACACAUCAAUACAAUGUGAAAAGCAAUAGAGAUACAAAACACAAUCAUAGAAAACAAAUACAUUCUUCAGGAAAAUGUUUCUCAAUCAGCCGUCUGAAUUGUCCUAGAGGCACCAAAUCAUCACAUUUUAGAGAGUUUUGGAGAUUAUUCCACAUGUAAGGUGCAAAAAAACUAAAAUCUGAUUGACCUAAUAGUAGAAAGCAGAUCAUUCAAUCGACAUUCCUACCGGUCCUAGACUAUGGCGACAUCAUCCAUAUGAAUGCAGCUGCCACUUCACUAAAGCCAUUAGAUGCGGUUAACCAUAGUGCACUACGUUUUAUUAUGGGUGACAGGUUUAGUACACAUCACUGCAUUCUCUACCAGAAAGUAGGCUGGCCCUCUUUGAUGUCACGUAGCUCCAUACAUUGCUAACUUUUUAUUUAUAAAGCUAUUUUUCAAAAACUCCCACUGUACUCAACAUCAUUGUUAAUCUUUAGACGUACAGUGGGGAAAAAAAUUAUUUAGUCAGACACCAAUUGUGCAAGUUCUCCCACUUAAAAAGAUGAGAGGCCUGUAAUUUUCAUCAUAGGUACACGUCAACUAUGACAGACAAAUUGAGGAAAAAAACUCCAGAAAAUCACAUUGUAGGAUUUUUAAUGAAUUUAUUUGCAAAUUAUGGUGGAAAAUAAGUAUUUUGUCAAUAACAAAAGUUUCUCAAUACUUUAUUAUUUACCCUUUGUUGGCAAUGCCACAGGUCAAACGUUUUCUGUAAGUCUUUCACAAGGUUUUCACACACUGUUGCUAGUAUUUUGGCCCAUUCCUCCAUGCAGAUCUCCUCUAGAGCAGUGAUGUUUUGGGGCUGUCGCUGGGCAACACAGACUUUCAACUCCCUCCAAAGAUUUUCUUUGGGGUUGAGAUCUGGAGACUGGCUAGGCCAGUCCAGGACCUUGAAAUGCUUCUUACGAAGCCACUCCGGGCGGUGUGUUUGGGAUCAUUGUCAUGCUGAAAGACCCAGCCACGUUAAAUCUUCAAUGCCCUUGCUGAUGGAAGGAGGAAUUCACUCAAAAUCUUACGAUACAUGGCCCCAUUCAUUCUUUCCUUUACACGGAUCAGUCGUCCUGGUCCCUUUGCAGAAAAACAGCCCCAAAGCAUUAUGUUUCCACCCCCAUGCUUCACAGUAGGUAUAGUGUUCUUUGGAUGCAACUCAGCAUUCUUUGUCCUCCAAACACGACGAGUUGAGUUUUUACCAAAAAGUCAUAUUUUGGUUUCAUCUGACCAUAUGACAUUCUCCCAAUCCUCUUCUGGAUCAUCUAAAUGCACUCUAGCAAACUUCAGACGGGCCUGGACAUGUACUGGCUUAAGCAGGGGGACACGUCUGGCACUGCAGGAUUUGAGUCCCUGGCGGCGUAGUGUGUUACUGAUGGUAGGCUUUGUUACUUUGGUCCCAGCUCUCUGCAGGUCAUUCACUAGGUCCCCCCGUGUGGUUCUGGGAUUUUUGCUCACCGUUCUUGUGAUCAUUUUGACCCCACGGGGUGAGAUCUUGCGUGGAGCCCCAGAUCGAGGGAGAUUAUCAGUGGUCUUGUAUGUCUUCCAUUUCCUAAUAAUUGCUCCCACAGUUGAUUACUUCAAACCAAGCUGCUUACCUAUUGCAGAUUCAGUCUUCCCAGCCUGGUGCAGGUCUACAAUUUUGUUUCUGGUGUCCUUUGACAGCUCUUUGGUCUUGGCCAUAGUGGAGUUUGGAGUGUGACUGUUUGAGGUUGUGGACAGGUGUCUUUUAUACUGAUAACAAGUUCAAACAGGUGCCAUUAAUACAGGUAACGAGUGGAGGACAGAGGAGCCUCUUAAAGUAGAAGUUACAGGUCUGUGAGAGCCAGAAAUCUUGCUUGUUUGUAGGUGACCAAAUACUUAUUUUCCACCAUAAUUUGCAAAUAAAUUCAUAAAAAAUCCUACAAUGUGAUUUUCUGGAAAAAAAAUGCUCAAUUUGUCUGUCAUAGUUGACAUGUACCUAUGAUGAAAAUUACAGGCCUCUCUCAUCUUUUUAAGUGGGAGAACUUGCACAAUUGGUGGCUGACUAAAUACUUUUUUCCCCCACUGUAUGAGGGAUGGCUAACCCUGGAAAUUCCUUCGUUCCCUACAGUUAGUAAGCGAGAGUCAUUUUUUUCUCAGCUUCUUAACGAACUCAUCAAUAUGUUCUUCUUUUUAUGAUAUCUUAUCUAUCCAGAUGCACAGAUAUUUGCAAGCAGGGACACGUUCAAGUGGGCACCAUUCAAAGAACAUAUGCUUAAGUCAUUAGCGUCAUUUUUAUGCGCUAUAGAAAACAACACAUACUUAGUUUAUAAUAUAUAAAAAAACUUGUUUAAGGUCAAUAAAGGUUUGAUAGCAUUUUCUCUGUCAGUUACAUGUUGCCUGACACAAGCAAGAAGAGUCGUCAGAAGACGCGGGUGGUGAAGAAGAGCCAAGAGCCUGUGUAUAACCACGCCAUGGUGUACGACGGAUUCCGUGCCGGCGAGGUCAGAGAGGCUUGCUGCGAGCUGACUGUGUGGGACCACAACAAACUCUCCAAUCAGUUCCUGGGAGGGGUACGCCUCAGUCUGGGCACAGGUGAUUGUUAAACACCAUUUUGUCAUGAUGUGUGCUUUACUCAUGCUUGACAAAUGUCUGUGAUAGUAGUUUUGGCAAUUAGUUAUAAAAUGUAAUCAAUUUCCUUGGCUGCAGCACUGAACACAUAGUUAAAAACUGAAAACAUAAAGAAUGAGAUGCUACCUUAGUUCAUCCUUGUUUUCAUGCAAUGCCUUACUUUUCUGUUUGAUUCCAGGACAAAGCUAUGGCAAAAAGGUGGACUGGAUGGAAUCUGUCAAUGAGGAAAUUCAACUUUGGGAAAAGAUGCUAUCAAGUCCAGAUGGUUGGGUGGAGGGUGAGAUCCCUCUUCGUUCUUCUAUGACCCCCAGGAAAUAGAGUGAAUCAGUGCGGGAGCGCAGUGGUAUUGCUGCAGUCUAACAUGCACAUAUUUCCAUGAGCGACACUUUCCAACUUUCUCCCCUCUUCAACUGUACCCCAUAAUUUGAAAUUCUAACGUUUCUGAAUAAAGGAAAACAAAUAUAUAAGGAGGAUGAGGUUCGAUAAAAUGUAAUUACUGCUCAGAACCUUUUUCUUGUGAUAGAGAUUUUUUCUUGGGGUGUAAAGUGUAAAAUUAAUCAAAUUAUAAAGAAUUAGAAUUGCAAUGCAUGAUUUUUCUGUGUAUUUUUUAGUCACCAAUGCUUUACUUAUAUCUUGUCAUUUCCCAGGGAGUUUGUCUGUAUUAAAAUUGUCUAAGUACAAAAAUAAAGUUAUGUUUGUAAAAUGGUCACAA